AUUGAGAGUAAUUUCGUCGUAGUUGUUGCUGCUCAACUUUUGUUGUCCCAUUCCAAGUAAAGCAGCAGUAAUAAUAUCUUCCAUAACAUAUAUACUAAAGAUGACUACAGAUGAGCGCAAUUUUAGGUCUAGUUAUUAUGAGAAAGUGGGCUGCUUUAGUGUCGAAGAGAAAAAGUCACUUGAUAAACUGCUACAGGAUGAUAUUCGCAAUCCCGCAAAGCUGAAGCACUUCGUAUAUACUUUUACGGUUCCAGCACAGCAGCGGAGUCUGCUAUGGAGUCUGAUAAUGGGAAUAAUGCCACUUCAUAAAAGCAACACCAAAUAUGUUAGGGAGCAACGCAGCCAAGUGUAUGAGGAUCUACUACGCGCGGUGACUGUAAUGCGUUCCGUAGAUGUGGAUAAAUCCAGACAUUUGGUUUUAUACAAAAUGUGGCUACUGGAGAACAAUCGCCUGCUGCAUAGCAAUGUGCGAGCUGAGAGUCAGCCAGAUGACAAUCAUUUUAUUGAAAUUGCACGCACACUACUUGAAAUAUUCGACGAUGAAAUGGAAACAUACUGGAUUGCCAAGGGGUUUUACCAGUACACACGUGAACUGAAGAAGGAAUGCGGCAAACUUAAAGAAUUGACACAAGUCCUGCUUAAGCGCGAAGACAAUGCAUUAUUUUAUGGUUUAGAAAAGCUGGCACUCUUUGACGUCAAUUCAAAGCUGUUAGACGAUUGGUACACAACUUGCUUUGCCGGCGUAAUAUGUGAAACGGUCUUAGUCAAAAUAUGGGAUAAGGUGUGUGGAGGCGCCAAGAAGAUAGUCGUAUUCCUUUUUAUAGAGCUUAUGAAAGACAUAAAAUCUUUUAUAUGUGAUCUGAGAUCUCAAGAGGAACUAAAAGUGUUGGUCGAAAUGAUAAAAGAUCAGGAUGGGGUCAUUGUAAACAAAGCCAUUAAAUCUUGGCAUAGUAAUAAUAGUGAAGUUGAAUACGUUCAUUGAGUAAGACUGCAAAAUACCACGUCCUUCUUAUCGGCCACCGUCUGAAACUCAAGGGUGACAGGGCAUUGCAUCCAAUAAGACAGAAGCUCCUCCGUAUAACCAAUGAGGAAGUACAUCUUGCGUGCGCUGAUAGCCUGACGUAUUAUAGCAGCAAUGCGUAUCAUAUUGUGUUGUCGCUUAAUAAUAAUUUCCGAGCAUACAAGAGCAUGCCAUGUUCCAGUUAUAAAUUUUCGAAUGAACACAUCCUCAAUGGCUGUUUGUGAUGGACGCAAGGCAUCCUUCAAAGUAGCUAAACAAAAAUAUUUUUUACAUUAUAUACAAUUGAAUAAACGUAAAUACAUUAA